CUCAGGGAGGGAUUUGGGGGUUCAAUCGAUCGCUGCGUUGUUGGCAUCCGGCAGCAAAAGCGACGUCUCCAGCUCCUGCCCGAUGCCAACAGCUGAUGGGAGGCUCCUGCCCUGCCCUGAUAACGCUUAUCGGCGUGACCAGCGGGGCGGUGGCCCACGGGUGUUGCCCGCUGCUCGCCCCGGGUGACGAACGGCACCGAUGCCGUUGGCCCUUUAAGCACUGCGCGUUGCCCCUUUAAGCCCCCCGCCGCUGCGGACCCCACUGCGCGAGGCCACGCCCACCCCACCCGUUAGCACUUCUAGAGAGGGCGUGGCCAAACAGUGAGGCCACGAGCCCUCCCGCCCCUCUCUUAAAGCGGCAGCGCCAGCCGCGGGGUUGCGUUACCGGAGCCGUUAACGCAGGUCCCGCCGAUGCUGUUGCUCCGCGCCGCCGCCGGGCGCAGGCUCCCGGUUCCCCCCCGCCGCCCCUGCUCCCGGUUCCCCCCCGGGACCCCGGCGAGGGGGGGGGCACCGCGGGGGGUGGCCCCGGUGCUGGCGGCGCUGCUGGGGCUCGGGGCUGCCGUGGCCUAUGGAGAGCGGCGGCGGAGGGUGGCGCAGGCGGCGCAGGCCCCCCCUGCGCCCCAGUUCCCCCUGUACACGCGGGAGGAAGUGGGGCGCCACCGCUCACCCCGCGACCGCGUCUGGGUCACCCACGGCACCGAAGUCUUCGAUGUCACUGACUUCGUGGAGCUUCAUCCCGGGGGGGCCGAGAAGCUGCUGCUGGCGGCCGGGGGGGCCCUGGAGCCCUUCUGGGCCCUCUACGCCGUCCACAGCCAACCCCACGUCCUGGAGCUGCUCCGUGAGUACAAAAUCGGGGAGCUGCACCCCGAGGAUGCGGCAUCGGCGCCCGCCGUCCUCCCCCAGGACCCCUUCGCCGGAGACCCCCCCCGGCACCCCGCGCUGCGCGUCAACAGCCAGAAGCCGUUCAACGCCGAGCCGCCGCCGGAGCUGUUGGCCGAGCGUUUCUUGACGCCCAACGAGCUCUUCUUCACCCGUAACCACCUCCCGGUGCCGGCGGUGGAGCCCGGCGCGUACCGGCUGCGGGUGGAGGGGCCGGGGGGCCAGGGGGUCUCGCUGUCGCUGGCUGAGCUACGCCACCGCUUUCCCAAACACGAGGUGACGGCCACGCUGCAGUGUGCCGGCAACCGCCGCAGCGAGAUGAGCCGCGUCCGCCCCGUCAAGGGUUUGGCGUGGGACAUCGGAGCCAUCAGCACCGCGCGGUGGGGCGGCGCGCGCCUGCGGGACGUCCUGCUCCACGCCGGCUUCGGCGAGGAACGCGAAGGCGAAUGGCACGUCUGCUUCGAGGGUUUGGAUGCCGACGUCGGAGGAACCACGUACGGCGCUUCCAUCCCUUAUAACCGCGCCAUCAACCCGGCGGCCGACGUCUUGCUGGCUUACGAGAUGAACGGCGAGGAGCUGCCGCGCGACCACGGCUUCCCCGUCCGCGUGGUGGUGCCCGGCGUGGUGGGCGCCCGCAGCGUCAAGUGGCUGCAGCGCGUGGCCGUCAGCCCGGCCGAGAGCCCCAGCCACUGGCAGCAGAACGACUACAAGGGCUUCUGCCCCAGCGUCGACUGGGACACGGUGGAUUAUUCCACGGCGCCCGCCAUCCAGGAGCUGCCGGUGCAGUCGGCCAUCACCUCCCCGCGUCCCGGUGCCACGGUGCCGGCGGGAGAGCUGACGGUGAAAGGCUACGCCUGGAGCGGCGGUGGACGGCGCGUGGUUCGCGUGGACGUCUCGCUGGACGGCGGCCGGAGCUGGCGUGUGGCGCGGCUGCUGGGCGAGCGGCCGGUGCCGGGGCGAGCGUGGGCGUGGGUGCUGUGGGAGUUGGAGACGCCGGUGACGGAGGGCGCCGAGCUGGACAUCGUCUGCAAAGCGGUGGAUGAGAGUUAUAACGUCCAGCCCGACAGCGUGGCACCCAUCUGGAACCUGCGCGGGGUCCUGAGCAACGCCUGGCACCGCGUCGGCGUCACCGUCGCCCGCUGAGCGGCUCCGCUGCCUUUGCCCGUUGUCCGGCGGCCGCCAAGGCGCAAAGGUCGCCGCUUUUUACGGCUCCCGACGUGUGAAAGUGGCUCCAUAAAGAUUGCGCAGGUUUA